UCAUUCACAUGUUUACCUUUUAUGGUCUGACGCACCUCUCCCUUUCUCAAGUUGUGUGUAGUGAACUUAUUAAAUUUUUAUUAUGUUCAAAUGAGGUCAAUUUGCUUUAGUGGCUCUCUAUCUUUUGAUAGUUAAUACUUCAGUGUAAACCAAAGAUUCAUCUGCAUAUUUUUUUCCACUAAGUGUUUCAUCAAGGCACAAUGCAGGACCCAAAUGAAGACACGCAAUGGAAUGACAUUCUCAGAAGCAAGGGAAUAUUACCGCCUAAAGAAAAAGAAAUUUCAGAAGAUGAUAUCGUCAAUAUGGUUGAAAGUUCUGUUCAAAAAUUACAGAAUCAAGAUCAGAAAGAAAAGGAAGAUAUGACUUUAGAUGAACUUGAUGAGCUAGAAGAUGAAGAGGACGAAAGAGUAUUAGAAGAAUAUCGAAGGAAGCGAAUAGCAGAAAUGAAGGAAGCUGCUGAAAGAUCGAAAUUUGGUCAUGUGCUGGAAAUAAGUGCGCAAGAUUAUGUAAACGAAGUCAAUAAAGCAGGAGAAGGAAUUCAUGUUGUUUUGCAUCUAUAUAAGCAAGGGAUCCCUCUUUGUGCUGUACUGAAUGACUACCUUUCAAAGUUGGCCGUAAAAUUUCCUGCCACCAAGUUCUUAAAAUCUAUAUCAACUGUCUGUAUUCCAAAUUAUCCUGAUAAGAACUUACCAACAGUGUUUAUCUACUUCGAAGGUGAAAUGAAGAGCCAGCUUGUAGGGCCUGCAAGUUUUAGGAACAAUUUGUCCUAUGAGGAAUUUGAGUACCUUUUGGGCCAAGAAGGAGCUGUUCCCUCAGAAAUAAAAGAAGAUCCACGCCCUAAGGUCAAAGAUCAUCUUUUUUCAUCGUUACGUGGCAAUGAUGAUGGAAACAAUGACUGGAUUUUGUAAACCACUAAUUCAAAACCAGUUCUCUUGCAAUAAAUUUUGUUGGUAAACCAUCCAGAUCCUCUGGAUGAUUUUCUCCUUGGAUUUCAAGGGAUAGUAACAUCUCAAAUUUUCACCAAAUAGAGUGAGUAACUCAAAUCUUGAUUUUUAUUUUUUCAUUAUACAAUUCAUGGAUGGAGCCGUGAACUGCUAGAAUAUUCAUUAUUUAUCUCUGUAAUUCACUUAUCAGUGUAAUAUUUCCACCUGAGAGACAAUUGAGAACUGUAAGAUGUAAAGGAUUCGGAUUAUACCCACUUACUCUGGCCUUAAAAAUUAAAAUAUUUAGAAGUAUUAAAAAUUAAACCAAGCAGGAUAUCAGUUUUUGUUUACCUGUUUAAUUUCUAAGUUGAAACUUGAUGGAAAUGGGUGUUUUGAUGGUUUGAUUCAAUCAGAAGUUCAAGAAAAUAUCAAAUUACUUUGAAAUGGCUGGGUAUUUAGUUUUAAGGUAGUUUUAUAGAUGCAGGCCCCAUCUUACAAGGUAUUACGUAAGUCUAAUUACAGAGAAGUGUGUUUUCUGAGUAUAGAGGAGGACAAAUCAAAACUUGCAUUCCCCUUGUUAAGUUGAUACUGUAUUUUCUACAUCAUCUGUCACUCAAUUUGUUCGCUUUUUUAUUAAGUAUAUCCUAUGUUUUGUACUUCGGAACAUUUAUUUGAACUGUUGUUUUUGAAAUCUUGUUAAUACUCUUUUUGAUUUUUGUACCAAUCCUUUGCUGUUGCUCUUUGAGUAUCAAUAUCAAUAAAAGUGGAAGUAAAGAGCCCCUGAAAAUGUAUCGAAA